ACAGUACCUCGCCCUGAAUAUCCGCCGGACAGAGUAGUAUAUUAUCCUCCAUCGUCAGACCCCUCAAAAUGGUUCACAUCAGAGAGUUCGGAGAUCAGUACUUUAGUGAGCAGAGGCCAGGCCUGAACUACGCUUACGAUGGUUACGACUACCCGCAUUCAUCCCCCUCCUCAGAGGUGGGUUCCGACGAGGAGGAUGAGGAUGGGGACGAUGACUACGAUGAGUCUCUAUACGACCGCAUCGUUGCUUUGAAAGACAUGAUACCGCUUCAUCAACGGGCACGAAUUGUGGAUGCUUUUGGGAAGGCCCAUAUGGUUCUUCGUGGCGGGUUGAAGUUUGGUGGGAGCGUACUUUGGGUAGUGGGGACUAGUGCUCUUGUGCUUGGGGUACCAUUUGCUGUUGCCAUUGUAGAAGAGCAGCAACUUGAUACGGGGAGGGAAGCGACAGCAGUCGGGAGUGCGGCUGAGGUGAGGCUCUUUCUAAUUGUUUUCAGAGUUUAACUGACCGUCGUUAGUCGCUUAUGCCAGGCCCAGGGGGUUCGAUCUUGCCUAGGAGGGAGCGAUAGUUGUUGGAUGAUCGGGGGAGGGUGACCUCGGAGUUUCUGGGUUGGACUACAUGUAGGUUUUGGGAUGGCUGUUUAGGAUGCGGUAGAUUACCGUAGUGGGCAUGUCUUGCUUUCAAUUUGCCUUUGGUACUUCUAUUAUGGGUAUGCGGUUUCUGUUGGAAGGUAUGAUGAGUGAAUUUCAAGGGAAUACUUAGGAUGCCCACUCAGGUAUGGCAUUUACUUGUAUCUAGGGAGAUGGUAUAAGGGUGGCAAUUCUCUGGGGUUAGAGGCUUUCCUAUCUGGGGGGCUCGGAGCGUGUUGUAGUUCAACGCCGCAAACGUGUGAAAAAAGUCUCAUGUCUGCUCGGGGCACCGAACUUGGAGCUUCAUAAAUGUGCUGGGGUGGUCCUCGUGGGAUAAGACACAAUGUCUGGAACCCAGCUGCUAUCACACAAA